CUCUUCGCCUCACCGCCCAGGAGUGAACUCGGCAUAGGCUGUCCGUGAGUGUGCGGCCAGCGGGGCGGACGCCGAAGAGCCGAUCCGGCGGUCACACCUGAGCGCCCAACGCAACGCGGCGCGCAAGCUAGCCGGCCCCCUCUGCCGCACGGGAGCGAAACGAAUCCCGUGCAAGCACCAAGCGACGGGCGCGGAGCGGGACCUGAGAGCGCGAGGGCCUGCGGGGGCCUGCCGCACCGGCCAGUCGGCUGCCAGCGCCAUCUGCGGCCUCGGAGCUCCCGGGGGCCUUCCGGGGCUGGCCGCGCAGGGCCCCGCGGUACGGCUUGACCGGCGGCUGAGGGCCCUCCGCACUGUCCUCGGCUCCCAGCCGGGCCCCGCGGACGCCAGCGGACGGCGCGCAGGCAGCGCGCCGGGCAGCCCUCGACCCGUGGCUAUGGCGGCGGCGCGGGGGGCGCGGGGGCCGCUGCGACUCCUGUUCGAGAUGCUGCGGGGCCGGGCGGUAGGCUUCUCGGCCAAGGCUGCAGAUGUUCACUGUUUGACUGCAGAGGAGAGGAACCAAGUUAUACAUGACCUUAAAGCAGCAGGAUGGUCAGAAUUAAAUGAGAGAGAUGCCAUCUACAAAGAGUUCUCCUUCAAAAAUUUUAAUCAGCUCCAUCUCAUGCAGGCAUUUGGCUUUAUGUCCCGAGUUGCCCUGCAAGCCGAGAAGAUGAAUCACCACCCGGAAUGGUUCAAUGUGUAUAACAAGGUGCAGAUAACCCUAACCUCGCAUGACUAUGGUGGACUGACCAAGAGAGAUGUGAAACUGGCCAAGUUUAUUGAAAAAGCAGCUGCUUCUGUGUGAUUUCUUCCAAAAUGCAUGUCAAACCCUGUACACAUCUUAGUUGUCAUGUCUCGGAGCUCAUCUUUGUGUCCAUCUAUAGCUCUGAGUUCUGCAUGAAGCUCUACGUGGACCCCAUCAACUACUGGAAGGAUGGCUACAACCUGCUGGAUAUA